GAGCAGGUUUAAGUACUUUCGUACAGUCAAGCCUCCAAUGUUCUCCUUUCUUUUUAUGGAGCUGCUAGUCGUCCUUCUUUAGAAAGUCAUUGCGAUCCAGACCCAAGUCUGUGAGCCCCGUCGAUCCUUUCUUCAAAUUCCGUUCGGAGGAGAGAAUGACUUUACUUAGCAUUAGGAGACAAUUCUUUUUUUCCCUCUCUCCAACUUCCUCUCGUUAUUUUUCAUUAUCUUUUCUCUUUUCACGCCCUUGGAGUUUGAAUGAGUUUGGCUUUGACAUGGUCGUUCGCAUUUAGCGGGCGUGCUACUUUGGACUCCAUUCCCUUACUUCUUCCUGCUCGCUUCGUUUCUCAAAUCAUAAUGAAUUGACCAGCUGAUGGGAUGCUGAUGAAGCCCUAAUCCGAAUCGAGGACUAACACCCCCUGACCUAUAAUCAACCAGCGACAUACCCUCUUUUGGCUCCUUUGGCCUCAGUCGUCUAUUCGUCUCCCAUUCGUCUCCCAGCCUCCACGCGAAUUUCCUAGUUGGUUGUAGUAUUCUAAGCCCGACUUUUUUUCCAAUUUUCAGCCGCGGCGCCAGUGUAACCGAAUCCACCCUCGUUGUUUUCAACUGAUGCUCACGAGAGCAUCAAUUAUCAACUUACCUUCAAAAGCGCCAAUAUGUCCGGGCUCAUGAGCAAACGCCAACAGGCGCGAAACGAGAAAGCAUUGCAGGAACUUGUACAUAAUGUACCGGGAAACAAUUUCUGCGCUGAUUGUCAAGCGAGAAAUCCAGCUUGGGCAUCAUGGAAUUUGGGCGUGUUUCUUUGCAUGCGAUGCGCUGCCAUCCAUCGCAAGUUGGGCACGCAUAUCUCCAAGGUUAAGUCGCUUAGCAUGGAUAGUUGGUCGAAUGAACAGGUUGAAAGCAUGAAGCGAGUGGGAAACGUUGCGUCCAACAAGAUCUACAAUGCUCAAAACAAGAAGCCUCCGAUGCCCAUCGAUGCUGACGAAGCCGACUCUGCUAUGGAACGAUUUAUACGGGCUAAGUAUAUACAGCCGGCAGCAGUAAAUGGCACGAAGAAGCAUAAUACUGGAAGUUCUGACGAAGGCACUCCGCCGCCGCUGCCACCCAAAACAGGUAGUCGUUUCUUCUCCUUCCGAUCUAAGAAGGAUACGCGCACGCGCGAGAAUUCUUUCGGCUCCCAUGAUACCCAACGCAACCAACAGAGCAACAAGGCGUCCAAGGUCUUCGGAGCUAGUGUACACCAAGACAGCCCAGAGGCUACGGCACAAAAGUUGACGCAGCUUAGGGACAUGGGGUUCAUGGACGACAAACGUAAUGCUAUGAUUUUGAAGGGCGUGAAUGGUAACCUUGAAAAGACGGUGGAAGCGCUGGUGCGGCUUGGAGAAGGCGGAGGCCCUUCAUUACCUAUACCAUCUCGCGAUGGUUCCCUACCCGGUUCCUCUAGGUCUUUGACUCCCCAGCCCACACCCACGUCGCCACGACCUCCAAUUGGGCUAUCUAAGUCGAGCCCGCCUCCUGCACCGAGUCCGGCAAGUACUAUGUCAAACAACCCUUGGGACAUACAACCGGCACCACCUCAGUCCUCGCAGUCAACGGGAACUCUACAGAACAGGAACCCUUUUUACGCUGCAAGUUCGAACCCAUUUGGAAUGCCGAAUCAACAAGCCGAGUUCAAUAUGAACCAGAGUCUACAAAACUUAUCCCUAGCACCGACAUCUCAGCAAGCGCUCUUCCCUCACCACACCGGCGGAGUGCCGACUCCUCAGCCAAUAUCGCAGUCGUUUUAUUCGCAGUCCAUGACUCCUCCGAUGCCGCAAACCCAGAGCUUCUCAUCACUCUCCUAUAAUAACAGCCAAUCCUACUCUCAACCGACUGCCCGAGCUCAAACGCCACAAGGAUAUAACCCCUUCCUACAAGCACCCAGGACUCCAGACCCGAGUCUGUCGUUGAACACCUCACCGUUCCAAAAUCAAGGGUCUUUUGCUACCAAUCCCUUCACUAGGUCACCGACUAGAAUCGCGUCGCCUACUCUGAAUCAGAUCCCUGAGCAGUCGCAGCAAAACUUCUACAAUUCGCCCCAUUCUCCAUAUGUGAGUAACCCGUUCUUUGCGACGAACCAGCAGUCACAAUCUCCCAUCCCUGUGGCGCAAUCUCAACCCCAGCCUCAGUUCCAGUCAACCCAGCAACAAUGGUAUGACCCACAGCCGCUGGUGCAGGUGGCAAGUCAACCUCAGCCAGUUUAUCAACAGCAACAGCCACAAAGAGCCGACACGGCUUCUAUCAUGGCUCUAUAUAAUUAUCCUCAGCUAGCUCCGACCAAGCUGCAAAACCAGGAUCAGAGCACACCCAGCACAGAGACGAACCCUUUUCCUACGUCAGCACACGCACAGGCGCCUCCGCAACAAAACGUUCCAUCACCUUUGUCAGGAACCAAAAAUCCUUUUAUGAACAGCGCAGCAGCCCCUGCUGCACCUACACCAGCAGCUACAGCUCCGAGCCCGUUUGCAUCACACAGUAAUCUUAAUUCUGCUUCUUCAGGUGCAAGGAGUCGGGAAAGCAUGACUCUCGGGAUGGAGAUGGCUUGGAAUAACGGUCGGCACAGCCCAGACGCAUUCGCGAGCUUAAGCGCAAGGAGCAUGUAAUGAAACGAGGUGGGCUGCUGUGUGUAUAUAAUAUAAUAGUCACAAGGUGUACCAUAAUAAUGAUCUUCCAGU